GUGUGGUGAUUUUAAGGGGCUUUUUUUGCUCUCUUUGCUCUUUUAUUCUGCACUCUUUGGUGUCUUUUUAACACCAUUUAGAGGGUUUUUUCACUUUUUUACACUUCCACUACCAUUUUUCUCCAUUUUCAUCUUCUUUUUGUCUGGGAGUCAUUGGUGUGGAGUAAUUCGGUGUGGAUUUGCUGGAACUGAACUGAAAUGGAUCACUCUCUUUUCGGCUGUCUGCGGAACCCUCACGCCCCGGCCCAAACUCUCCACCCGGCCUUCGCCCAGCCCUCCGCCCUAGCCCUGCACGGCCGCUCUGACCAUGUCUCCUACCCAGACCUCCCCGGACCCUCUCCGCCCUGCAGUUACCCGGGAGAGGAGGGGGGCUUUGGUGGCCCUCACGGACCCCGCGGCCAUCCCGCUCAGCAGCUUCCCCAGCAUCAUCCACAUCAUCAGCCCUCAGGCUGGCACAUUCAGCAGAUGCCCUCGCCCAGUGGCGGCCGCCACAGUGUCUGCCCUCCCCACCACCCUGACAGCACAGCCCCAGAGCUGUGUGGGUCUGCAGGUACAGGCAGUCAGGGUCUGUGCACAGCAAACCCAGCGCUUGGCAAUAGUGACCCCGCUGGGGCAGCAUGUGUGUCUGGGGACUUUGGGCGGCAAACUAUGUCAACCGUAGAAGCUGACAGAAGGAAUAGUAAAGGGAAGAGUGACAGUUCAGAUUCCCAAGACGGGAGCUAUAAGUCAGACGUGAACAGUAAGCCCAGGAAGGAGCGCACAGCGUUCACCAAGGAGCAGAUCCGGGAACUGGAGUCCGAGUUUGCCCACCACAACUAUCUGACACGACUGAGACGUUAUGAAAUCGCUGUCAACCUUGACCUCACCGAGAGACAAGUGAAAGUGUGGUUCCAGAACAGAAGGAUGAAGUGGAAACGAGUGAAAGGGGGGCAGCAGGGAGCCGCAGCACGAGAGAAAGAACUGGUGAAUGUGAAGAAAGGAACUCUCUUGCCAUCAGAGUUUGCAGGCAUGGUGGGACUGCACCACUCCGUCGGCUCCCCAGGCAAUGAGGAUGACAGUCACGACAGUGACCAGAGCUCUGAGCACGCUCACUUAUGACCUUCUGGAAACUUCAAAAGCAAAAACUGAACCCUAGUUUUCCUCAGGAAUCACCGUCCUUAGUACGCCAGGGCCCUUAAAAACUAGUCCAGGCCCAACGGUUAAGAUUUGUUGUGUUAAACAGAUGGUGAGAGAGUCCACUAAACAGAGCUCGAUCUCUGCAACAUCUCAGCAUACAGAUUUAACUAAAAUAGAGUGGCAAGACUGGGAAACUGGAUGAGAACAAAAGACUGUGACAUGUUUUCACUUGUGAGCCAUAGCUCUGAAUUUG